GGAGCCAGCGCUGCCCCGGGGGCCUGGGGACCCACAAGUGAGAGGCAGAGAAAGUCCCGGCCGCUCGGCUCCCAAAUGGGAUUCAAGUGCAUCCUUCAGGGCAGCCAGACUUGAGGACUUAGCCCAGCCCUCCCCGGCAGCGGGGAGCAUUCAUGCUGGGGACCCCGAGGAGUGGGAGACUCUCGGGAAGCCUAGCUCCGCGCGAAGCUGGGAGGUCCGUGCCUCCCCGCGCCCGGCGGACAGGCUGACAGCGGCCGAGGAGGAGAGGCAGUCGGGAGCCGGGCAGGGUGACGGUCCCCUCUGGCUCCUCGGGACCUGCUGCUGCUUCUCGGCUGCCGGCCGGCUUCGGAUGCGCUACAGGCAGCCGGCCCCUCAGCGCGCAGCCUUCGGGAGGCAGGCCGGACGUCCCCAUCCCGCAGGGAUCCUCAGCCAUGGGCAGCCAAGACAAUGAGACUCUGCUGUUCUCGCCCUCCCCCGAGGCGGAGAACUACAGCCAGACAAUCACCGUCGGGGACUUCAGCCCCAGCCCUGCCCAGAACUUCAGCCCCAGCAUCUUCGAGGACCCCAGCCUCAGCCCCAACUUCAGCUCUAGCAUCAGCCCUGAUCCCAGUUCCAGCCCCAGCCCCAGCCUCAGUUCCAGUCUGAACCCGACCCCUAGCCCCUGGGAGUCAAAGGUCAGCAGUAGUCCCCAAGGUUUUGCCCACCUCCCACAGGAUUGGGGCUCCCAAGCCAAUCCGUUCUGGGACACCCCUCUGAACCACGGCCUGAAUGUAUUUGUGGGAGUGGCCCUGUGCAUCACCAUGCUGGGUUUGGGCUGCACCGUGGAGGUCAAUCACAUCGGGGCUCACAUCCGCAGGCCCAUCGGGGUCCUGCUGGCCCUGCUCUGCCAGUUCGUCUUCAUGCCCCUGCUGGCCUUCCUCCUGGCCCUCAUCUUCUCUCUGGACGAAGUGGAGGCUGUGGCCGUUCUAUUAUGCGGCUGCUGUCCAGGCGGAAACCUUUCCAAUCUUAUGUCUCUGCUGGUGAACGGCGACAUGAACCUCAGUAUUAUCAUGACUAUUUCUUCCACACUUCUGGCUUUGCUGUUGAUGCCCCUCUGCCUGUGGAUCUAUAGUCGGGCCUGGAUCAAUACAACUUUGGUGCAGUUACUACCCCUGGGAGCAGUGACCCUGACCCUCUGCAGCACCCUGAUUCCAAUUGCUGUAGGUGUAUUCAUCCGCUACAAAUAUACACGAAUCGCUGACUAUGUUCUUAAGGUUUCCCUGUGGUCUCUGCUAGUGACGCUGGUGGUCCUUUUCAUCAUGACCGGUACUAUGUUAGGACCUGAACUGUUGGCAAGUAUUCCUGCAACUGUUUAUGUGGUAGCCAUUUUUAUGCCUUUGGCUGGAUAUGUGUCAGGAUAUGGUUUGGCUACCUUAUUCCAUCUGCCCUCCAACUGCAAAAGGACUGUUUCUCUAGAAACAGGUAGUCAGAACGUACAACUCUGCACGGCCAUUCUAAAGCUAACCUUUCCUCCACAGCUCAUAGGAAGUAUGUACAUGUUUCCUCUGCUUUAUGCCCUUUUUCAGUCUGCAGAAGCAGGGAUUUUUGUAUUAGUGUAUAAGAUGUAUGGAAGGGAAGUUGUACAUAAGCAAGAUCCUCUGGAUGAAGAUGAUACAGAUAUUUCUUAUAAGAAACUGAAGGAAGAAGAAAUGGCAGAUACUUCAUAUGGAUCAGUUAAAGUGGAUGAACAUAAUUCAAUAAUGAUGGAGCCCACCCAGACCUCAUUGUGAGUUCCAUUUAACGUAGAACAACCUAUCGGCUCCUCCCCCCCAUCUCUCAUUUAUAGUCUGUGGGAUGUUUAAGCAGUAUUAAAGGGCUUCAUCAUAGCAGGAUUCUUCUACAUAUAACCUUAUACCUUUCCACUGUAAGGCAAUCUGGGCUUCGUGAUUGUCAGCUACAGACCUUUCCUCAAAUUUAAACACUUAAGUACAUUCAAUGUUAUAACCUCUACAUCAGAUUACCCACACAAAGUUGAAGUUAAGUGAAUGAAUGUCUGUUCUUUAAAUAAUUCUUUUAAAAUGGAGCCGCUAUUAGAAACCGGGACCUCAAAACAUGAAAUUUUGGUGCAGUGUGAGUAAAAAUAAGUUCUAGUUCUAAGACCAUAAUUGAAUUUCAUGUAUUCAUCGGGGGGAGGGGGGAAUGUAGGAUUUGUCUUGUAUUCAGUUAAGUUCAAUUAAAUAAAAACGGUGUAACAAUGUCAAUUCUGUUGAACCUGCAUCAUAUUAGAGAAAAUCAGUAAAGACAUUAAAACGCCUACUUGACUUGA